AUGGCUAGAGUUUUGGUAUUAAUCCUACUUCAAGUGAGCUUCUUCGCAGUGUUUGCUAAAGAGUUUGAUAAUCUUAAACACAAACACCAUCAUCACCGUCACCAUCAUCAUCACCAACUUUCCCCAUCCCCAGCCCCAGCCCCAACCCAUGGCCAUGUCCAUGCUCCUUCUUUAGCCCCUACUCGUCCACCCUUUCCCUUUGAUACUACAAUUAUCUCAUUGUCCACUAGUUAUGAGGAGGGUUUGGAUCAUAAGCACAACAAACACCACAAACGCCACAAACAUCGUCACCAUCACUCUUCAUCCCCAGCCCCAUCCCCAGCCCCAACCCAUGGCCAUGUCCAUGCUCCUUCUUUAGCCCCUACUCGUCCACCCUUUCCCUUUGAUACUACAACUAUCUCAUUGUCCAGUAGUUAUGAGGAGGAUUUGGAUCAUAAGCACAACAAACACCACAAACGCCACAAACAUCGUCACCAUCACUCUUCAUCCCCAGCCCCAUCCCCUGCCUAG